AAGACCAGCGAAGGUAGGAAGGACGAGACAGGGCUAAGUAAUUGGAAGGCAGACGAUGAGUUUUCACGAGUUCAAUGCUGGGGAAUGGUCCUCCCAGCAGGGUGAACGGAUGAAGCAAACGCUGAGCGAUCUUAUCCCGAAAGAGCAGGUGCUGUACAACAUUGGCCAUUCAAGAGCACUUCCUAAAGACCACUAUACGGUGGGCGUUGAGGGCGAUGUGAUUGCUCUGGGGACCCAGUUUGACAGACAGGCCGCUCUGGGGUACUUUGAUAUGGCGGGGAUCGACGGUAAUGACGAGCUGUCUCAGUUCUCAGAUGAAGUUAAGCUGUUCUGUCACCAGCUGCAACACAUGAUGGACAAGAGAGAACAGUAUCUGAGGGUAUCAAAACAGAGGGCAAGGGACAACCCGCUGAACUGGCCGGACUGGAUCAGUUAUCCACCUCCGCAGCCAAGAGGGUGGCACUAUGAGGAUGAGUAUGGCGCAUUGGACUAUUACUACGAUGAGAAUGCCAAACCGCAUUACUUUGGAGAGAACUUCCAUAUUGAGGACUACACGGAAAAGAUCUUGAUGCCCUACCUCGAGAAGUAUCCAAGGAGCGGUGAGAUCAUAAGAUCAGCAUCCGGAAUGUUGUGCGUCAAGGGGUUUGAACCCUGUGAUGAAGUACCAACUUUCAGGGAUUUCGUCGAGGACAUCACGCAACUCAUCGAGAUGAGCUCGAACAAGAUUGGUCAGUUGCUCUCUGUUAGAAGGCUACAGUACCUCAGAAACAAGUUUGAGUCUUAUGAACUGUUGAACCAGAACAGGGAGAUCUAUUUGACAAAAAUCAAUCCCCACCGUGAUUUUUACAAUGUGAGGAAGAUUGAUAACAACAUAGAUUUGACGAUGUGUAUGUCGAAGAAACACUUACUCAACGUCAUCAACAAAAAGCUGAAUGACGAACCAAAUAGGGUCGUGUACAAUGAAAAUGGGAAAGAUUGGACCCUUAAGGAGUUAUUUGAACCGUAUUUUGCAGAUAACAAAGAUGAAAGGCUAAACAUUGAUGAUUUGUUCGAAUUUGGACUCAUAGAUAGAACCUUAGCUGACAAAUCGCUUUACAUCGAUGAUAAAAAUACAGAGUAUGAUGACAUCAUCAAAAGAGAAGUACUUCUAAGAAUCGACAGCACAUUUUUAAGACAUGACAAUUACAUCGAGGGUGAAUACCUAAGUAUGGUGCUGAAACAGGUCCUUAGCGACUAUGAAAAGAGUAAAUAUCAAUUUGGAGAGUUAGGUGUGACUUUACAACUUGCAACGGCAAAGUCUGAUUUAAACCCCUGGAGCUCAAUUGCAAACUGGAUAGUGAAUAACCAGUUGGUGAGUCAUAACGUGAAAUGGUUGGUAAGAAUAGCAAGAAACUAUCCGACCCUGAAGGCACAAGGGAAGGUAUCCAACUUCCAGGGAUUCAUUGACCUCAUAUUUGCACCACUGUUUGAAGUCUCUAUAGAUCCAUUGAAGGAUAUAAACUUGCACUUUUUCCUAACAAAGACAAGUGGAGUGACCUUGCUUUCAAACUCUUUGACCAUUUCAGCAGAAGAAGAAGUUGGCGACUUUACACAAUUGCCGACACCAUCAGACUGGAACUCUACAGAUAACCCUCCAUAUGGCUAUUAUUUGUUCUACAUAUUUCAAAAUCUUACAAAUUUGAACACUUUCCGUCAAUCCAAAAAGUUAUCUAUUUUGAGCUUACGGCCUAUGGUGGCAUCUGUUACAGAAGCGCAUUCGUUUGACUCUCUUGCCACGGCCUUCUUAUUUUCACAAAGCAUUAUAAAUGGAGAAAGAUUGAGACAUCAUCCCGUGUUACAGUACCUCUACUAUUUGAAACAGGUUGGUAUCACAGUAAGUCCUUUAUGUUGGAACAAGAGUGUGCAGUAUAUGAACGAUGAUGGUCGUAUGGUUGCUGGGGACAAGGUGGCAUACGAAACACAUCCAGGAAUUGAUUUCUUCAAGACAGGGAUGAUGGUGAGUCUUUCCACAAACAAGCCGUUGUUCUCGUCACUCACAAGGGAUCCUUUGAUCGAGGAAUACAGCGUUGCUGGUAGUAUCCACAAACUGUCUAACAUCGAUCUAUGUGAAUUGUGUCGUACAAGUGUCUUGAUAUCGGGAUUCAAUUCACAGUUUAAGCAGCACUGGAUCGGUAUCAAGCUUACAGAUGACCCUGAACAUCCUCAUGAAAAUGUUGAUGAUUUUGCUAUACAGAGAAACAAUGUUCCAGAUAUGAGGUUGAACUACAGGAAUGACUGCGUUGCUGUCGAGAAGCAAUUUAUUCGUAAUCUGGAUGAAAUCAGUAAUGGUUCUACAGAGUAAAUUGGUAUAAUCAGCUGAUAAUAUAAUAAAAAGGUAUAGAAAAUCAGACCCUCAGAAUGUUGAUGAUCU